AUGAAGUUCUCCACCAUCCUUGCCGCAACUACCGCUCUCCUGACCGGUGCCAAUGCCGCAUUACCGCGUCUUGUAGAGGUCCAUAGCCACGAGAUUUGCUGGAGGGUCUGCUUUCCGGAGAAGCCACAUUGUCCCGAUGGAUGGCAUGACAAGAAAUUCGGCGAGUGUCAUACUUGCUGCAAGGGCGACGAUGAUGAAGAUGACGCGGUGGCCAGCAAGCUUAAUAUGUUUUGGCAGGCAUAA